AUGGAGAAGACAGAUGCCAAAGACCAGUCCUGUCAUGGGGAUGAAGAGAAAGACCCUCCGAAGAGGCACCCUUACUCUGUGGAGACCCCAUAUGGCUUUCAUUUAGACCUGGACUUCCUCAAGUAUGUGGAUGACAUCGAGAAGGGAAACACCAUCAAAAGAAUUCCUAUCCACAGAAGGGCCAAGCAGGCCAAGUUUAGCACUCUGCCCCGAAACUUCAGCCUUCCUGACAGUGGGGCUCGUCCACCCGCGGCCCCGCCGCCCCAAAACUGGUCCCCAGUGGUGCCAAGGAAGGCAUCGCUUGGGACACAGGAGCAAACCCAGUCACUGCCGCUUGGUAAUGCCUCCCAGGCCUCAACCAGCGCGAGUGAGGUGAGCUACCACAGGAGGGCCCUGUUGGCAGAGGCCACCAGGCAGUUGGAAGCUGCUGAACCAGAGGAUGCCGAGGUCACCCUUGGGAGUGGACGGCCCCAGCUAUUGAGAGCAUCCAGCAUGCCUGCCACGCUGCUGCACAGCAGGGCUUCUGAGGAGCCAGGCCUCAGCCUGGGGCCUCCUGCCCCUCCUGCCCUCCCUCCCCUUCAGGGUGAAGGCAGCGUCUGUGAUGGCACCUUUGGCCCUGCGGAAGGAUUGGCAGGUUUCCACAGCUCCAGCCCACAAGCAUCAACUCAGAUUCUGGAGCUGGUCCAGGAGGGAGCCGAGCCUCCAGAGGGCACGGUGAAGGCUCCAAAUCACCUCCCUCUCCCAGGCCCUCCUUCUUCAUUCCAGAAUGUGCUUGUAGUUCUAGAGGACAAGGAAGACGAACACAAAGCCAGAAAAGCAGAGGUGUUCACCUCUGGCUCCCCCACACCAAGCCCUCCUCCUCUGCCAUCACCCAUUCCUGAGAAUGAGCUCCUCCUGGAAGAAAUCGAGCUCAACAUCAGUGAGAUUCCACCCCCGCCACCUGUAGAGGUGGACGUGAGAAGCAUUGGCAUCAGAGUGACGGAAGAAAGCCUGGGCCUUGCCAGGGUGGAUCCAGGCAGCAUCUCCAGCCUGAAACAGCAGGUCUCGGCCCUGGAGGGAGAGUUGUCUGGAAGAACCGAGGAACUGGUGCAGGUCAGAGCUGCCCUCCAGCAGCAGGAAGAGGAAAUCAAGGCUAGGGAGCAAAGAAUUCGAGAGCUGGAGUUCACUGUAGCCCAACUGGAAGGACAGCUUCACCAAGAGAACAGCAAAGACACUCAGGGCCAGACAGACGCCAUGGUGAACACUGACCCUGUCCAUGGACUCUUGACCAGGGAGUCGUGUGACAAGGGCAUUGAGGUCAACCUUCUAGGCAGCAUGGAGUCUGAAAGCUGGGGGCACCGAGGAGAGGAAAAUGGCCUCCUAUGGGGGCCAGAUGGUCACAAACAAGGGGAUCAGAGCCCAGCAGAACAUGUGCCCCAGCUGUCACUGCCACAGGGACCCGAGCAAGUCCUUACCCCCUCUGUACAUAGCUUCCUCUCCACUGAACUCAGGAUUGAAGAAGCAGGCACUGAACAGGAAGGAGGCCCUCAGGGAGGAACCAGGGGAGCAGGAGGCUUUCUGUGGGGCAGCGACAGAAAGACUCCCCCAGCAGGGAGAGAGGAGGCCAAUUCCGAUCUCCCAGGGAAGGAGCGCCCGGGAAGGCCACCGAGCUCGCCAACGGAUGCCACUAUUGGGCAGUACGUGAAGAAGAUCCAGGAGCUCCUGCAGGAGCAGUGGAACUGCCUGGAGCACGGGUACCCAGAGCUGGCCAGCGCCAUCAAGCAGCCAGCCUCCAAGCUCAGCAGCAUCCAGAGCCAGCUGCUGAGCUCCCUCAACCUACUGCUGUCAGCCUACUCGGCCCAGGCUCCCCCACCCAACGAGCCGCCGUCCUCCUCCUCCUCCCCGCCGAUGGAGAUCUCCCCGUCGACCAGCCUUAAAUCCAUAAUGAAAAAGAAAGACUAUGGCUUCCGUGCAGGAGGUAAUGGAACCAAAAAGAACCUUCAGUUUGUUGGGGUUAACGGUGGGUAUGAGACCACCUCGAGUGAGGAGACCAGCGGUGAGGACAGCUCCCCAGAGGACUUGUCUGACAGCGAGGCUGAGAAGAAGUGUGAUGGCCCAGACCACAGGCAUGUCAAAGACGCCCACCUCACCUGCGAGGCUGGGCAGGGCAUCCCCGAGAGCGCCUGCCAUGCUGCCCAGGAAAGUGGGGCUGGGGAAGAAGUCCCCCACUCCAAGGCUGAGAGAUAUAAACCCUCAGAAGAAUUUCUUAAUGCAUGCCAGGCACUGAGCCAGCAUCUGCCAGAAACUGGGACCACCACGGACCAGCUCUUGAGGCAAAGCUUGAACACCAUCAGUCAAGAGUGGUUCCGCGUCUCCAGCCGGAAGUCGUCUAGCCCUGCUGUGGUGGCCUCCUACCUCUGUGAGGUCCAGCCUCACUCCCCACACUUCCUGAAGCUGCUUGUCAACUUGGCCGAUCGCAACGGAAACACAGCCCUUCACUACAGCGUGUCCCACUCCAACUUCUCCAUCGCGAAGCUGCUGCUGGAGACAGGCGUCUGCAACGUGGACCAUCAGAACAAAGCUGGCUACACUGCCGUAAUGAUCACUCCCUUGGCUUCUGCAGAGACCAAUGAAGACAUGGCUGUUGUCUGGAAGCUCUUAAGAGAAGGAAAUGUGAACAUUCAAGCUACUCAGGCUCCCGAGACCCAGUCAGGCUUGCACAGAACCCUCAUGCUGGCCUGUCACCAUGGCAACGUGGACCUGGUGCGGCUGCUCCUGGCACACCCGGCCUGCGACAGCAGUCUGACUGACAAGGCUGGCUGCACAGCUUUGUCCAUCGCUCUGAAGUCACCCACCCAUAUGGAAAUUGCUGGGCUUCUGAGAGCCCACGCGGAGCAGGGCAGGUCCCUGGGGCUGUAGGGGCUGCAGAAGAACUGGCGGUGAGGAACAAAAGCCUUCUUCUCUGGACUCCUCCCUCGCCCUUGAAGAGGGCGGAGGUCACAGGCCAGAGAGCCACCCCUCUAGAGAAGAAACUAUGUCAAA